AGGCAACCACCAUUACAACUGAUCACAAGAACAUGAUUCAAACCCGGUGUGAUUCAAAUGUUUACAAUGCUAUUACAACGCGUUAUCGCCAACGAAAGAACGUGACCUCUGUAUUUAUUUACAAAUUCGUUCACGCCGUGGCCACCCACCACACCGCCUCGCCGCUUCUAUUCAUUGUGUGAUACGUAUAAUGAUGCCACUCUGUCAUCGACCAUUAUCACGACGAGAGCCCGCAGCGAUUCAAAUCCAAACAAACAGCAACAUUAUUAAAAAAAAACCACACAUACGCACGCUCACAAAAUACUUCACAUUAACCCAAAGAUUGCGCGUAAUGUAUAACUACACCGAGGUGUUGUAUUACGCGGACUACUACAGCGCGUGCGCCGCGUACUUGGAGUACUAUCUGUGCGUAGAAGUUGAAGGUGACGGCGAAAGCGGCAAACAACAGGAAUGGCGCGGGAUUGUCACGCGCUUCCUACCGAUCGGAUUAUGCCUGGUGGCGGUGAUGCAAUGGCGCGCAUACCGGAAAUACUCCGGGGAACGCGUCGCAAGUCAACUGGAAGUCGACGCGUAUACGAUACUACCACUCAAAGCAUUCAGCAGAUGCUGGGGGAUGUUAGCUGAUCUCAAUCAACCGGAAUUCAUGCGGCCAUACAUUUACGGCAUGUAUAUUAAUUUAUUCGGCGUGAAUUUGACGGAGGCCGCCAAUGAGGACUUGAAAUCUUAUCAAUCACUUUCGGAAUUUUUUGUUAGGACUUUAAAAGAUGGCGUUAGAACAAUCGACAAGCAAAGUGAACUUGUUUCGCCUUGUGACGGACGAGUACUGCAUGUGACAGCGGUAAACUGCGGAAAAGUUGAGCAGGUCAAAGGAAUAACCUACCCGAUCGAGCAGUUUCUCGGCGAAAACAUCUGGAAUCCGCCCACACAAAACGAGAAAAUCAAAUAUGACUAUGAGAAAUCACUACUGAUCAAUAAAAACAACGAUCACUGUUUGUAUCAGUGUGUGAUUUAUCUCGCGCCUGGGGAUUAUCAUCGUUUUCACUCACCUGCAGACUGGCGGCCAUUUUAUCGACGACAUUUCCCUGGACAAUUACUUUCGGUGAAUCCUAGCAUAGCGCGGUGGAUACCCGGAUUGUUUUGUCUCAAUGAGCGCGCUGUGUAUGUGGGUGAAUGGAAACACGGCUUCUUUUCUUAUACUCCUGUUGGCGCAACUAAUGUGGGAUCAAUGCGUGUUUACUUCGAUCGUGCAUUGACGACAAACAGCAAAAAAGUCAAAGAUGUAAAUCAAAAGUUCCUCGGCGAUAAAGUGGACGUGAAAAAGGGCGAUAUGAUUGGGGAAUUCCGUAUGGGCUCGACGAUUGUGUUACUAUUCGAAGCACCGAAGAGUUUUAAGUUUUCUGUGUCCGCGGGACAGAAAGUGAGGUUAGGACAAGCACUGGGCAACUCGAAGGGUGUCCAGAGCAGUUUACACACCGAAACGUAAUAAAACAUUAAUUAUUUAAACACCGUAUGACGCUUGUACCAAUUCUUGUGAUAUGAUAAGACUUGUUUAGUUAAAGAACGACAAAAUACAUUAAAUAAUUAAAAUGUUA